GCGCGCCUUCCGUCCUCGUGGCGGGCGGCCCGCCCGAGCGGGCUGAGGAGAAGCCGACGCCAUGGAGAGGAAGGGGAGGAAGGUGUCGGUGCCACCGGGGGCGGCCCCGGCCGGGCCCAGGAGAGAGAGGAGGCCCAGCAUGUUCGAGAGGGAGGCCUAUACACAGAUAUUAAAGGAGAGAUUGAGAGAGUCGAUUCAUGAUGUUCACGCCGUGGAACCCCCGUUCGAUGAGUCACUUACAGAUUUAGGUAAAGGAGAAUUAGGGUCAUGGAAGAAUACCUUGGCCAAGAUUAAGUAUGCCAACACGUACAGAAUGGAGCCAUACAAGAAAUUUCAGACUUGGGCAAUAAAAAUGGAAAUCCAACAGAUCCUGAAGACCAGACUUAAAGAAGUCACCUAUGAUGAAGAGAUUUGUCCUUCCAUUUCAAUUCAGCUGGCAGAUGAAAUUUUAGCAACAGUCAAGGAAUUUGGGUUUCAACGCUAUAAAUACAUAACACAAGUAUUCUUCAUUCAAAAGACUGGUCAGGCAGUAAAUAUUGCUAGCAGGUGGAUCUGGGAUGUUGCCUGGGACAACUGGCUCUCAGCUAAAUAUGAAACUGAAACUUAUGUCGUCUUGGCCCUAGUAUUUGCUCUUUAUUUUGAAUAAUUCAGGUGACUUGUUGCUAAAUGGAUUUUUGAAAUUUUCAAUGUACUUGAAAAAUUCAGUAAUAGAUAUUUUGGAACACCAUCAAUAUGAUUGUAAAUAUCCUAGCUUUGAAAUUUAUUU